UUUGGUCUAUCCUCUGUUUAUCAGGGAAGAAAUUUGAUUUACCCUCUGUUUAUUGGGGAAGAGUUUUGGUUUAUCCCCUGUACAUCAGGGAAGAAUUGUGUGUUAUCAUCUAGAAAUCAGCAACAGUUAUGGGUUAUUCCCUACUUUAGAGAAACUAACAGUAGAUUGUCUAAAAAGAGAAAUCCCUAGCAAUCAAAAUGUUUCAAAAGAAUGCAAGACUGAUCCCCACUACUGAAAAAGGUGGAUUAGCUACCCUUUUGUGGACUAGUGGAGAGUUCAAAUCACUGUUAGAUGAGCAAAUGAAUGUUAUAGUAACAGACUCAGUCAAACAGAAUUUGACAAAGAAAUAUGGCAUUCAUCCAGGCAAAGUAUGGUCUAUUGAAGAGUGCAAAAAGGUGCUAGGUGCUUGUAUCAGAAAGAAAAAUGUCAAAGGAAUUAUCUGUUGCCACAUGGAAUUUUGUGUUACCUCAGCACAAGAGCAUGCCCAACAUAUUGCAGAGCUAGAAGAGCAAAACAAAGAAUUACGUGAACGAGUAUCUUCCAUCACUAAUGUAUAUCCUGACUUGCAUUUCUUGUCUAACCAAGAGGGAAAUAAUGUGUCCUUUAGUGACCUUACUGAUCAGCCAGUCAAUGCUCUUGUGUGUGGAGCUCGAAAAAAAGUUCAAAGUAGAAUAGAAGAGGCAGAAAAUUCUCCUUGCCCAGCUCCAGUAUUACAAGUGCAAACUGUCAUUAAAGCUUUAGGGCCUGAAGCAAUAGAGAGACUUUCUCAAUGUUUGCCAUCAGCACAUUCAAAUUUUUUUGAAUUUAGGAGAGCAUUAGCAAAAAAACUGCGUCUCUAUGACAUGUCUCUAGUGGAAGUCACUCAACUCAUGUCUCAGGUGUUAACAGAAUCAGAAUUUAAGUGUUUUGAAAGUACGGUGUAUACUUCUGAUUUUAAACGUGCCAGCAAAGAUGAGUUUCGAGAAGGAGUCCUUAGGAUACUGAAGGAUAUUAUUGGGCCAAAGAUUGACUGGGCCAGAGUCACUAGCUGUGUGCAGAAAAAGGAAGAAACUGUAAGUGAAUACACUGAAAGAUUUUGUCAAUCUGCAGUUGCAUACAGUGGAAUAGCCAACAGUCCAGAUGAUGUGUUAGAUGAUAAGGGACCAUUAGUCAGGGCAUGGUUUGAUGGCCUUUCAUCAGAGUACAGGAAUGCUCUUCCUUUCUUAGACCUUACUUGGUCUAUUCAAACACUGAAAAGCAACUGGGACAGGUUAGCGAUCUGGGAAAGGGAUUCUGAUGUUAAGAUAAAAGUCAGAACAGCCGCAGAAUCGCUAAAUAAUUCCUAUACAGAGACUAGGCAAGAACCCGGAUUCCCUAAGAGAGAGGGAACAUGUAACUAUUGUGGAAAAUCAGGGCACUGGGUAAAAGAUUGUAGGAAAAAGCAGCAAGAUAACAGAAGAAAUUUACAUAACCCCUCACCCACCCAGCCUGCUUAUAACCCAGAGGUAGUCCAUCCUCUUUCUAGUGAAACCAUAGGACAGCUUGUUCAGGCCUGUACAAAUGCAGUUUUAGACCAAACAAUAAAAGUCAGGUGCCCAAAUUCAGUAUCCACAUCAGAGAAUCAAGCUAAAAUCACCUCCUCCUGUUGGGGAAAUUGGUUAACUACUCUCACAGCUCUCAACUUGGUUUUGGACCAUGCCCCUGUCACUAACCCAUCCUCUUGUGUGAUGUCUGCAAUGACUGAUGUUCCUUUAGAGGAUGAAGAAAUGACUCAUGAUUGUGUUGUGCUUACACACUCAUCUUCAAAUGCUAUUGCAGAGAGUCCGCUAAAUAAUGCUGAUUUUGAAUUGUUUGUCGAUGGUUCAGCUCAGGUCAUUGGAGGGAAUAGAAGAGCAGGAAAUGCAAUGACCUCUGUAUCUGAUGUAGCAGCUUCUAACCGUCUCCCAGAUUCCAAACCUAACACUGCAGAAUCUCAGGGUAAAGUUCUUGCAGACGUUGCUGCUAAAAAAGCCUGUUCAUACGGUACAGUGCAAGUUGGUACUAGAAUGACAACAAGUAGUGUCAUUAUGCCUCCAGACUCUCUAACAGACCUCUACAAAGAUGUUCCAAUGUAUGAAGCAUGGAAAUGGUUAGAUAAGGGAGCCAUGGUUGAUUUAACAGGCUGCUGGACCAAAGGGGGAAAUUAUAUGGGAACAGAAUCACUUCUGCCAUAUUUGGCUCAGCAGUUACUUAACUUAAGUCACAUUAGUGCAGCAGCAAUGAUUCAACCUUUGUCAAAUCACUGGUGGAAUCCUGGAAUCCGGCUUGUAGUGGUAUAGCCACAGAGACAGCUAAACGCUGUGUUGUAUGCCAACAGAGUCAGGUCGAGUAGAGAGAGAAAACCGGACGUAUUUUACAGGAGAAGUAGUGAAGAAAGUUGCCAGAAUGCUACUUUGUAAAAGAAAAAGGUGGAUUCAUGUCUCAUACUGUAAAGUAAUUUCAUCACCUGCAGGGAUAGACUAGGACACACAGACCAGUAAGGAGCCCAGGGAGGAACCGAAGGCAGUAGGCCUCGGGGGUCAACCCGGUGGUGAAGACUUCCUUAUAGAAUUCCCCUUUUAUUAGUUUAUCCCUACCUAACUGGUCCUUAGGUGUCAUAACACUGCAGAUUAGGGAAAGUAAACAACAACAACAACAAAAAAAAACUAUACGAUCACAGAGAUUCUGAAAACUAAAAACUAUACGAUCCUACAAUAGAUUCUGAAUAUAAACUGUAGUAUGGAAAUAUUGCUCUCCUGCUUCUCUCUUGCUCGCCUUCUUAUGUUUGUGUUACAGAUACAAGGACUGAAAAGCACUGCGACAACCAAGGCAGCAGAAGCACCAAAGUACUGACAUUUGAAGACAUCUGCAGAACCACUGCUCAGGACUGGCAGACAACAUUCUUCAUUUACCUGAUGACAAAAGGGAAAUCAUAUAUCAAGCUACAAUGUGCACUGCAAAAGCUUCGGACUCCAGGAAACAACAAAUAACUAUUACCCUUAAAAAGUUUUCUUUUGCCUACAUCUUAGAGUUGCACGAAUGUCUAUGUUAAAGCACUCAUGCCAGAUAUAUAUUUUUUGUAAAUAGAAAACUGAGCGUGACUUUAAUUUAUUUUUUAUUAUUGACUUAAAUCUAUUGUGAGAGUUAUUAGAACUCUCAAAGGGGGAAUUGUGGGAAAAUAAUUUUUUUAAGUCAUUGUUUUAUUUCCUUUUAGUUCUAGCAUAUUUCUGUGGAUAAUAUAGAAGCCCAAUCAAGUGACAAGGCUAGUUAAAUUCAAACUUUACAUUAGACUCGUGGUUUCUGUAUCUCAUAAAUAUCGAAGGAAAGGGGCAAGGUAACUCAGGGUAUCAUCUGUCUCUUUGCGCCAUUUGUCCGAUUGUUAUGUUAAUGGGAUUAAGGGUGGGUGAAAUUCCAGGAUCUGGUGUGGGGGCUGUUACAUCCUUUCAUGUUUUGAUGGUCACCCGAGUGUUUUGUCGCUAUCUGAUUGGACUGCCCCCUAAAAUGUGUAUAUUUACAAUGUAUUACAACUUUAAGUCAGACUUGAUGACUGCAGCACCCGUGCCAGUACGCUCUGACUUGCAGACUCGUUUCAUCGUGUAUCUACAAUAAAGACUACUGCACAAGGAUAUCCAAGUCUCCUGGUCUUCUCUGGAAAAAGUUUACAACAAAGCCAUUCCUCCAACCUCAUGCAUCAUUAAAGGAGAAGGUGGAUAUUGCACCCAUGAGCAAGCUUGCAUUUUGCCAACUGUGAAGGUGCCAGACUGCUCCUGUGAAGGCACAAACUUCACUGUAUUACCAGGCAAACCGGUGAUUUUGAUUACCAUCAAUGGGCGUUUUGACUUGCAUCAGCCACUAUAUGAAUGUCAAACAUGCCAGCAGCAGUGGACUCCUGAUUCAAAGGACCUCCUUAGGAGUGGAUAUUGGCCAGCCUCUGUCAGCAAUUCAACGCUUUAUACACUGGACCUCCUGAGCUCCUUUCAGGAGCUCAAGGUCAUCGCUCCAGGAUUCUCCAGACAAGCCUUUGCAAAGCUGUUGGAGCAUCGGACUAAGUGUGGAGGAAGAAAAGGACAUAUCAACGGUGAUGCACUGCAGCGGAGCUUUUUGGAGUUUGUCUACGCUUCUUUUGAAGAAGACCAGCUCUGCUGUAGUGCACCUUUCACCUGCCCAGCCUGCACGCCGGAAAUGUUGGCUGUUUCCGCCGAUGGGAACAGAAAGCUAUAUCGCUUUCACCGAAACACAAGCUCUGAUGAUCCUAGUUUUUUUGAAGGGCUCUUUGUGGCUGAAGACAGUGUGGUGUCUACAUUUGUCGACACCAUACAGAAAGCACUGAGAAAUACACAGGGAAGAGGCACAUGUGGGGACUCCCAGUGGACAGCAGCGAGGGAGACGUCAAGGAAGGCUUCCAAAUUGGAUGAAGAGGGGAUGGAGGUUGCUGUGUGUCGCCAUGGGUUCCUUCUGAAGGCCCUUAAUAUGUACAGAGGGGAGAUAUUUGCCUACCCCCUGUAUCUUCAGAAGGAGCUCAUGCCAGCCAAGGCAAAAUUCUUUGCUAUGGAUGUGGCUUGCAAAUAUUGGCCAUACUUGGAAAAAGCUGCUCGAGUCCUUCCUGCCCUUCAGGAGCUCACCGAAAUGAAACCCUUCCUCAGCAUAAUGCAUGCUCGAGCCCAUGCUACAAAGUGUGAGAUUAAAUGGAGUGGUAGGAACCAGGAAGGAGCAGGAACAACAGCCGGAGAGGAGGUGGAGCAAGUGAACAGCUACCUGUCACGUUGUGCCCUGACUACCAAAUAUAUGUCCAAAGCAGCAUGGGUGGACAUGGUUACUUUGCAUGCAGUGGGGUGGAACCACAAAAAAAGUCUCUCUCUACAUCAGGCACUUUCCACAAGAUAUGUGAAGACUUGUCAGAGACUCCAGGAUGAGACUACAAGGCUAGAUGAACUCAAAGCAGAGCUACACUGCACAGAUGAAUUGGUGUCACAGUGGCUCUCUGAUGUGAAGGAAUGGGCAGCUGAUGAGACACCAGAUACAUCUCAUGCCAGUCAAGGCACCACACCCAGAGGACUUCAGCAGUCAAUUGAGGGUCUUUACCUUAGUGUGAGGCAGCGGAAGCAAACCCUCUACCGUCAGAAUGACAGCAGCAAGUUUCGCCACCGCCUUCGAAGGAAGCUGGCAGAAGACAAAAAACACCUCCUUCAGGAGAUCCAGCACUACAAUGGUCUUGUACAAGACUCUGCCACAAACAUAGAUGUAGCUACUGUGGAGCAUUCCCUUAAUGGAGAGAACAAUGUGUCUCAAAUAUGGCCAUGGGAGGUUCAUGGCAGUGCCAACAUUUCAAUCAAGAAACAAUUGCAUGACCAAGUGAUGUUGGCGAUGCGACUGCAAGAGGAAAAAAGCAUUUUGGUAUUGGAGAUGGCACAACACUGCACAUGGUUGCAGAGCCUGGCAGUGGUUCUCAAGAACAAGAUGGCUGAGGAGGAUGUAGACAAGGGAAAUGAGGGACUUUGCUGUCUCUUAAGAAGACGACUGUCAGAGGUGUCGGAACAGUUGCAAGUUGUCCUCCAACAGUACAAGACUGCUUUAGGUCCUGAGGCCUCUGUCCUUCUACAUGUUGAAGCAGAAGAUCCAAGUGGCCUCAGUAGUCCAGACACCAGUGAGGAUGAAGAGGAAAACACAGUUUAGAUGGAAGGACUGUGUUGAAGGAAAUGGACUCGCCUUAUAUCUGUAUAUUAUUAGUAUGCUGAUUGAUUAAUCACAUCAAAAUAUGUAUGCAUCCUAUAUUGUUGAAAAUUCAACCUUUUCUUGACAAUUUAUGUCACUGUCUUUUUUUUUUGUUUGUUUUUACAAGCACAUUGUACAUUGGUACAGCAGAUUUAGAUAAUACAUUCAGUGCUUGUAUAAUGCAUUAGAUUGUAUGUAACAGAAAAAUACACUGUUCUGUAUGCUAUGAUUAUACUUUAUAUUGUAUAUUAUUACAGUUGACCAAUAACUUGUUUCCCUGUUUUGUUGGUGCUUUUCAAGUUACCUCAACCUCAGUCCAGUGUCAUUAAAUACAACCUUAUGACAUGUGUGACAAAUAUGCAUUUGGUGUAUUUUCAAUAAAUUAUUUCCAAAGAUGA